AUGCCCCAACCCCCAGUCAUCAUCGUCGGUGCAGGCAUCACGGGCUUGGUGCUAGCACAGGCCCUCAAAAAGCAUUCUAUUCCUUUCGAAAUCUACGAGCGGGACCCUGAUCCUCUGCAUCGGGGAAAGGGCUGGGGUAUCACCAUCCACUGGGCUCUUGACUCGCUGAUCGAAUGUCUGCCCCGCCACAUAAUCGAUCGUCUCCCCGAAGCUUACGUUGAUCCGGAAGCGACUCGCAACGGUGAAAAUGGAAAUUUCUUAUUUUUCAACUUACGCACUGGUGAAGCGCUUUGGCAAGUACCGCCCAGCAAGAGAAUUCGCAUGGCAAGGGAGAAAUUUCGAAGACUGUUGAUGGAUGGGAUUGAAGUCAAGUGGAACCACACGUUCAACAAUUUCGAACCAUCGGGAUCUGCGACGAAGGCGACCUUCACCACUCCGAUCGGAUCGCACACGACUGAAGGUUCCAUCAUUGUCGGAUGCGACGGCUCUCAAUCGCGGGUUCGCGCCUCCUUAUUUCCGACACCCGCUAUGCAUUUGAAUGCGCGCUUGCCAGUUCGACUUCUUGGAGUGAGUACAAUCUACCCUGGGGAGCUUGCAGCAAAAGUGCGCGCGUUGGAUCCCUUUUUCUUUCAAGGGGGGGACCCACUUACGAGUGCUUCCCACUGGUUCUCGUUUUUGGACAGUCCUGAGACGAGCGGUCGCGGUGAUGACACACGAGAAUGCCAAAUCCUCGUCUCCUGGCCAUACCGAUCGGGAUUUCUAGGUGAAAACGAGCCGUUAGAGGUGCCCGCGAACGCUCGGGAUCGUGUGGCAUUGAUGAAAAGGAUUUCCAGCGUCUGGGCCAACCCGUUUCACGACAUUAUUCAGAACAUCCCGGAAGAUGCUGAGCCAAAGACAAUAUCGCUUGAGGACUGGGUGACACCUCGAGUGCAGUGGACGAACGUACCUGGAUCGGACCGCGUUGUACUAGUUGGCGAUGCUGCGCAUGCCAUGACAAUGUACAGAGGGGAGGCUGCAAAUCACGGUAUUUUGGACGUCAAGGAGCUCUUUUCCCUGGUCCUGCCAGUUUUGGAGACAGAAGUUUUUAGUGAGGAGCGCUUGCGGGAUGCUUGUGAGAGCUACACUAAGGGGAUGGUUGAAAGAGCAGCGCCAGCAGUUCUGCACAGCCGGCAGGCUUGUUUGGACGCCCAUGAUUAUGAGAGGAUUAAUGACGAAAGCCCUUUGAUACGUCGAAGGAUUGCAGUGCAUGAGACCCAGCCCAAACCCGAGCCUGUUAUGGCUACAUAA